AUGUCCAGGAUCCUAUUGGACUCCGAGCUGAAUCCCGAGCUGGCAGAGUGCGCGGAAACGAUAGAGUCUUCUGGCAACCAACUCAUGACCGUUAUCGACGAUAUUUUGGACUUCUCCAAGAUCGAGUCUGGAAACCUGAAACUGGAGCGCCGGCUCUUGGACCUAAGCUUUGUUAUGGAAUCGGCCGUCAAUCUAAUCAGCUCUCAGGCUACAUCCAAGAACCUAAACCUGAUCUAUGAGAUCGAUAGGAAGUGCCCCGUAGAAAUCAUGGGGGACGUUACCCGUAUCCGCCAAAUCCUUUUGAAUUUGAUGAGCAAUGCCGUCAAGUUCACAAAGGAGGGCACGAUCCAUGUAUCUGUUGUUGUUGAACCCCUGCCCGAAACCAAGCCAGUCAGGCUGCUCUUCGCUGUCAAGGACACGGGUGUCGGUAUCCCCUUCGAUCGAUUUGACAAGCUGUUCACUAGCUUCUCUCAGGUGGACGAGAGCACAACAAGAGAGUACGGGGGCACUGGUCUGGGCCUUGCGAUCAGCAAGCGGCUUAGCGAGAUGAUGGGCGGAAGUAUGUGGGUCAAGAGCACGCCCAAUGUCGGGUCGACUUUUUACUUCAACAUUUCCUCAAGAAGGGCCCGACACCAGCCCCAAUCUGAGCCUCGAUCUCGUGGCUCUGAAAGCAUGGAGACCCCCAUAACCAAAAGGCUACCGCUCAAAGGUGGUCUGGCUUCAGGAACGCCCAGGAGAAAAGCAGGCGGGUCUGCUACUGGUACGCCCAACUCGGCCGGAGGAUACUCAUCCCCAUCUUUGGCCGCAGUCGCUGCCGCAUCUUCAUCUACGGCGCGCAAGCUGGCCAAGGUCAAGGUGCUGGUCGUGGAUGACAACCCUGUCAACCUCAAGGUUGUCUGUAAGAUGCUGGCGCGCCUUGGUGUCGAGCCCGAUAUGGCCAACAACGGACUCGAGGCGGUUGACAAAGGGCCUGUCCAAGGCAGCGACAAGAAACGCAUUGUGCCAUACGACUUGAUUUUUAUGGAUGUCUGGAUGCCAAAGAUGAACGGACUGGAUGCGUCGACCUUCAUCCGUGACCACCUGUCUGGCGGCACAGUGAACCAGCCGUAUAUCAUUGCGAUGACGGCGUGUGUGAUGCCAGGAGACCGCGAGAAGUGCAUUGCUGCGGGCAUGAACGACUAUAUCAGCAAGCCGCUGCGGAAGGAGGAAUUGGAGCAGUGCUUGCGCGUGUUUACAAACCAACAUUUGAAGCAGGCUGCUGAGUAG